AUGGCCACCACCACCACAGAGGAGAGCUCUCCGGUCCCGGCAACCACAGCAACCCAGCAGCCUGACUUGGAUACUAGCAUAGAACCCGGCUCAGCAAGAAAGCCUGAGUCCAGUGAGGCCCAACUUGACAAAGAAGAAAAAGAGGAUGAGGAAGAGGAGGAAGGGGGAGAAAGCUCUGUGCCGGGGCAGGAGAAUGCAAAAGCGCAGAGUUUGGACCCGGAAUGGGUGGAGGAGAGGUUCAGGAUCGACAGGAAGAAGCUGGAGACCAUGUUGUAUGCUCCAACACUUGGAGAUGGUGAAACCGGAGAGGAGUUUUUUGAGAGAGUGAUGAGAGAAAGUGACACUCAGGUGAAGUGGCCGUCCAAGCUGAAAAUUGGGGCCAAGUCAAAGAAAGAUCCACAUGUGAAGGUGGAAGGGAAGAGAGCCAAUGUUUUGAAAGCCAAAAAGAAGAUACUAGAAGUGCUGGAAACCAGGGUGAACAAGGUGACUCUAAAGAUGGAUGUGGCCUACACAGAGCACUCCCACGUGAUUGGGAAAGGCGGUGGAAACAUCAAAAAGGUGAUGGAGGUCACAUCUUGUCACAUCCAUUUUCCCGACUCCAACCGCCACAGUGCUACCGGAGAGAAAAGCAACCAGGUCUCCAUCGCUGGGCCCAUAGAAGGAGUGGAGGAAGCCAGGAGGAGGAUAAGAGACCUGCAGCCAUUGUCCUUGAGCUUUAACCUCCCAGUCAGCCUGAUGCCCCAGGGUCUGCCAGAUGCAGGCUCCCCACUCAUUCAACAGGUAGUGCAGACUUUGGGGGUCAGUGUGAGCUUCAGGGCCGUGCCACCCCAUCCUCAGGCACAACCCACCUUCUAUGAAAGCUGCUGCACCGUCUGGGGCCUGCAGGGCAAUGCAGCUGCUGUCAAGAAGGCGACCUGCAUCCUGAUAGACCUGCUGCUGGGGUCAGAGGUCACAUGUGGUGUAGUGAGCAGCCAGCUGGAUGUCACCUCCCAGCAGCAUCUCUUUCUGCUGGGGCAGAAUGGAGCUCACUUCCUGAGCGUCAUGCACCAGACCCAGACCCAGAUCAUUCUACCAGACCUUAGUGCUCCUCAGAGCCCUCCCUCGCUGCUCAUCCAGGGCAGCCCUGAUGGAGUGUGUCUGGCUCGGCAGCAGCUCAUGGACUGUCUGCCUGUGUGUUUGAUGUUUGACAUGCGUGAAGACGGGGAGGCAGAUCCUUGUAAGCUGGCUCAGAUGAUGCAAAACCUGGGAGUCUUCAUUAGUGUCAAGCCCAAAGUAAAACAGACCAGCAAGUCAGUAGUGGUGAAAGGUCUGGAAAGGAACAUCUCCUGUCUGUAUGAGGCCCGCCGUCUGCUCCUCGGUUUGGAUUCUAGUGAGACUGCCAAGGUAACCGAGAUGACCCCUGACCCCAUGUUAACCGGCAGCGGAAUGACCAGCUAUUGGCUCAACAUGUUGCUGCAGCAGCUUCGUCUCUCUGAGCAAGGCUCUGUGCCUGCUCCCACUCCAGAUGUGCUGACUGGUCCUAAGUACCGCCCCUCACCUCCACCAGGCUUCACCCCUCCUGCUGAUGAGGGGAGGAUGGGACUGAAGGGAACAGAUAGCCGACCACUGGAGAAGAUCCUAGAAAAUGAGGACCUGUCUGGCCAAUCAGAGGAUGAGAGCUCUCAGGCCAUGGUGAUGUUAUCAUCUGAAGGGUGUCAUUCAGUUAGCAGCAUCAGCAGCGUGGGAUCAAUGGGUCGGAGGGGGAGUCUCCAGGGUCCUGACACUACCAAGGUUUUCGUCCAGGGCAGACGGCAUUCAACGGGGCAGGCGUUAACAUACAGAUUACUGAAUGCAGACAUUGAGGGAGGGAGGAGUGAGCGGAGGAACAGCCUGAGGAGAGACAUGACGCUGGCUCAGGAUGUUCGCACUGACUCAUCCAAGGCUGAGGAUUAUGACUAUGAGAAGAAGAAACUGCAGGCUACCAGAGCCAUGCAAAGGAAGCCUGUGGUCACAGAGGUCCGGACACCCACAGACACCUGGAGUGGCCUUGGCUUUUCCAAGUCUAUGCCAGCCGAGGCUGUCAAAGAGCUCCGCAACAUCAGCCGACGCAGCUACAAACCCUACCUGAGCACCAUCAAUAGCCAGCAACAGUCAUGGGCUGCUUCGACGGGGAAGGUGUUUAACGGGAGCAAUUCUGAGAACUGGAGGGAUAGACGUGGAUCCACAUCUUCAUCCCUCCCUGCCUCUUCCUCCUCCUCUUCCUCUUCCUCCUCCUCUCCAUCUUCGCCCCCAUCUACUUUCUCCUCAUCCACCUCCUCCUUCCCCGCAUUUGCAUCCUCGAUGAAUGGAAGCAGGAAUGACAAACCCUCGGAGAGCUUCCCGAGCAGCAGCAGUUACUUUGAAGGCGUGUGCUCAUCGAGGAGGGCUUCAACCUGCAGUCAGCGGAGCCCCUCCCCCAAAAUGACAGAUGACCUGCCUGAGCUGCUCAGCCAACUUGGCCUAAUCAAAUACAUUGAUGUGUUUGAGCAACAAGAGAUUGAUUACCAGACAUUCCUCACUCUGUCUGAUGAAGAUCUGAAGGAAGUGGGCGUCUCCACCUUUGGAGCCAGACGCAAGAUGUUACUGGCAAUCUCAGACCUGAACAGGAGCAAGAGGCGGCUCUCGGAUACACCUGCUGUAAAAACCGGCUACCUGGAAGGCGGUGCUAGUGGUCGACUACCACGAAUCAUGGAUCUAGAAGUUGCUGCACAGAGUAAUCGCUGGUGAGGCGAAAUGGCAAUUAGCGCCGAGCUCCAUCUGACCGACAUGUAGCUAUUCAGCCUCUUAAAAAAACAGUAUAAACAUAAACAUACAGUGAUGCUGUUGCCAGUGCAGAGGUCUAAUCUGCUUAUUUGCCAUAAAUGGAUAAGCAUGAUGCUGCCCUGAAAAGCAGCAAACAUUCUGUAAACUUCUGAAUCCGAUGCCUUUAAUCUACAGUCAUACCCCAAAGCUUUUUAUACAAAAUCAAGACAAGGAGGUCUUCCCUUCCGAAUCUCUGAUCCUACAAGAAACAAACUGUAUGAAACACAAAUGAGCAUGUGACCAUGUUGAUCCUUUGUGGUGUCUUUU